CAGUUCAUAAUGGCCGCGCACAAGUUCAAUCCGUGCCGGAUGUCGCUUUUCAAGCGCACUGUAAGAAAAAGCGUCGAUUAUCUGUUGUGAUUCACGCGGUUCAUCAUCGAACCAUGGCCGACGAUGAAGGGGACGACGAGGUUUACGUCGUCGUGGAGCUCACCGGCGUCAUAGACAGCCAAGUGAUGGACCUGGCCGGCAAACAGUGCGCCGUUCUCGGCGUCGACACACCAGAACCUAUGCUGAAGCUCGGCUCGUACCUUUUUACGGGCGAAUAUAAGGACACCAUCGGGACGUGCGUGCUCUUCGAGGAGAUCGAAACAGCCACUGGUGAAGACACCAACUGGACUUCUGAGGCCAGUGGCAGUGGCUGCCGGCCGAAACGGCAGAAACCACAGAAAGAGCUCAGGUAUUUCGGCAAAACCGAAAAGCGGCUCGACAUGAAGACAUCUUUUCUGCAAGAAAAGGCGGCCGUUAGGGCUGCCGAAUUAAUGCGGGAAGCAGAGAAGCCUGACCAAGAAGACUCGAAGCCUGACCAAGAAGAAUCGCCGACAGAGAUGGCGGUGGACGAUAGCUGAGAAUGGGUCGUUGUGGGCCUCUGCAUUGACAAAGUCCGAACUUUCGAGAAUGUGUCUGGACAAGUAUCGUGCCUGCCACGUGCGUGCUGUGGUGCUCGCUCCUCAGCUUGUGCCUACCUCAUAUUCGUCCUGUCAAGUCGUGCGGCGUCAGUGCGCAGCGGCGCGAAUGUUCGGCAGUUUCAAAUUUGUUGUCGAAGUCGUUUCCUCUGCGCUCUGCUCCGCUGUACUUGUGCCCGCCUGAGCGACUGUUUUGCAUUUCGACAUUGUUGCGACAGGUCGCGUAAGGCAAACAUUCGGUAAAGUUUCUACAACGUGCGUUAUUGACCCCCUUUUUUACCUAACGAACGCCUGACUCAAAGUCUGAUUCACUCAUCUUCACGAGAGCUGCGAACCCUGUAAAUAGCACACUGGCUGCAUCAGUUACCCGGUGGCAAUCCACAGAAAUUAUGUCGUGCUCCAACGGCUUUUUGACCGUUAAUGGACUCGCUACUUGCCAUGCACUUAUAAUUGUCAAAAAGGGUGGCAGGAGCAAUGUGCUUUCUGCCCGAUCCUUUCUGCCUAGAAUGUGAUUUCCCAUCCAAGCACGGUACGUGGAACACCAGAAUGCCUUGUCAUACUUAUUGUGCGAACUUCAAAAACUACUCCUGGAAGCCCUUCAUUUCAUGUGGCAUGUUAUCGUGUGGGCAAAUUUAGCUGCCUGCUGCAGUGAAUGAAUGUACCAUGCCUCCGGUAACUUGUAUAUAGUUAGUACACGUGCCCACAUAAGAUGUGGCAGUGUACAGACCUUCAAACCAAGUAAACGUGAAGUGUAGAGAAAUUGUGCAGCUUGUGCUGCAUUCUUUUUCAAGAACAUUUGGCAAUACUUUACGCGUAACGCAAUGCAUACUGUUUCGCUUCGAUAGUGAUCAGCCCCUGUCACCAUCACAUUGUCCUUGCCGCCCUUCAUGUCAAUGUUAACGUACUGAAGUGUGUGACUUGAAGAUGAAGACAGAUUAUAUCCUUGCCAACAGACUUA